AUGGACGGCUUUGUCACGUCUUUUAAAAAGUUGCGAGAGCGGGUUUCACCGGCAAAAUCAACUGACCCGGCCACACUGUACUCGGUUGCCGACGAAAAAGUGGUUUUGCGGGACGAAGACUUUUGUCGCAAACGCCCUAGCUCCACCGAUGAUCCCUUUACAGACAAGAGCCUGAAAGUAUCGAAAACAAGUAAGGAAGACUCUUCUGCGUUUGUUUCAACCCUCAACCGAACAGAGUCGACUGGCGAUUUUAUCAAAGAUCUGAACUUGCGGUCCGCCAUUUUGAAGGAGAAACUGCCCGUUUCAGAACCUACUGACCAAGCGCUUGCGAGCGGUAAAGCAGAGUCAAAAGACGUGGUAGAGGCAGAUCCUGAGGAGGACGAAGUUACACUAGAAGUUCUUGAAGAAAUGCACAAACUUGAACUGUGCUUUCCCAUAUUAGCAGAAAGAUAUCGCCUAUUAGAUAAAAUAGGCGAGGGGACCUUUUCCACCGUCUAUAAAGCCGAAGCCAUAAAUGGAGCUGUGAUGUUGGGCUCCCAAGUGUGGAAAUCGCCCCCUUUGCAAAAAAGUGUUGCCAAAAAACAGAGGAAAACAAAGAAGAAUCCCCUUGUGGCGUUGAAGCAGAUCUACGUGACAUCUUCACCCAAUAGAAUAUACAAUGAGCUAAAUCUCCUCUACAUGCUUAGUGGCAACUCUCAUGUGGCACCUUUGCUUGACAUUUUGAGGUAUAAUGAUCAGGUACUUGCCAUUUUACCUUACUACCAGCAUGCGGAUUUCCGUGACUUCUAUCGUGAUCUCCCCAUUAAGGGAAUGAAAAAAUACUUAUGGGAGCUCUUUCAUGGUCUCGAAUUCGUGCACAGUAAAGGUAUCAUUCACCGCGAUUUGAAACCCACUAACUUCUUAUACGACCCUUUUAAGGGGAAAGGUGUUUUGGUUGAUUUUGGAUUGGCAGAGAAGAUGCCUCUGAUGGUCUCCUAUAGCAACAAGUCAUCCAAUGCUUGCCCUUGUUUAUCAAAGGAAAAAAAUACGGCCAACCGAGUACACUCUAAGCGCCUCAACAUCAAAGCAGCAUAUCCCAAAGUAGACCAGAGACCACCAAGACGUGCAAACAGAGCUGGUACGCGAGGAUUCAGAGCGCCCGAAGUAUUAUUCAAAUGCACAAAUCAAUCAACUAAGAUUGAUAUAUGGUCGGCUGGUGUGAUUGCAUUAUCACUCUUAUCGCGGAAAUUCCCAUUGUUCAAUUCACCCGAUGAUAUCGAUGCAUUGAUCGAGAUUAUUUUGAUUUUCGGGGUGGAAAAGCUUCAGAAAUGCGCAGAGUUACAUGGGUGUGGGCUUGAGGUAACCAUUCCGGCUGUUCAGGCGUCCAAUUAUAAUGGGAAUUUAAUCAAGUUCAUUACGGUGCUUUUGAGUUAUGAGGAGGAGAAUGAGUGCUUGCCACCAGAUAGCGUUAUUCAUGAUACCCUAAAAUACCUCGACAAGAAUAAUUAUUCUCUUUUGAAGCCAACAUUCAACAGCAGUGAAGAAAUGACAACAGCAGAUUAUAACAAGUUCAAGGAAGAUUUGGAAGGGUACAACGACCUUAAGCAUUUACUUCAACUCUUGUACGGGUGCUUUAGUAUGGAUCCAUCCAAGCGACUUUCAGCGUCGCUACUUUUAAAGUCUCCGUUUUUCAGCGAAUUGGACACACACAAGGAUGACGAAAUAUUACUAUAG